AUGUCUUCCCCCAACCCUGAGGACACCCCCCAAGAGCCUGAGCCCUCAAGCUCCAAGAAAACAAAGAAGAAAAGAAAGUGGCCACAGCAAGAGGCCAGCAUCCAAACCCUCACUAAAGCUGGCCACAGGGCCCUACUGGCUGGCCGGAACCAUGAGGCCUUGAUCAGCUUCCAGAGGGCCUUCCUCUUGGCCUCCGAGGCCCCCCGAGAAAGGAACACUCCUGUUCUCCGGGCCUGUGCCUUCAACCUGGGGGCUGCCUAUGUGGAGACUGGGGACCCAGCCAGAGGCCUUGAGCUGCUCCUGCAAGCCCAGCCUGAAGAGAAGGCACAGGGCGGGUGUCACAGCGACCAGUGUUUCAAUGUGGCUUUGGCCUACCAUGCCCUGGGCGACCUGCCUCAAGCUUUGGCCUGGUACCACAGGGCCCUGGGCCACUACCGGCCACUCGGUGACCAGGGGCAAGCCCAGGCAAAAAUGGGAGCCUGCUACCAGGCUCUGGGACAGCCUGAGCUAGCAGCCCACUGCCUGCAGGAAGCAAGCCGGGUUUAUGCCCAAGCAGGGCAGCCCCGGGCUGCAGCCCUGGCACUGGGGGCUGCGGCGGGGUGUAUGCUGAAGAGCGGGCAGCAUGGGGUGGGGGAAGUGGUGCAGGUACUGGAGGAGAGCCGGAGGCUUGCUGAGAGGAGUACCGAGCAGGGCCCACUGGGGCAACUCUAUAAUGACCUAGGCCUGGGCUACUCCCAGCUCCAGCUGUUCCCGCUAGCAGCAGAGGCCUUCCUGCAGGCCCUGCCCCUGUGCCGGGGGCCAGGAGAGGAGGCCACGGUGCUAAGAAACCUCGGGAUGGCCCACAACGCCCUCGGCAACUAUCAGGAAGCUCAGGAGCUUCACCAGAGGGCUGCCGACCUGCAUGGCUCUGUGGGGCAGCGGUGGGAGCAGAGCCGGAGCUUUGGCAGCCUGGCCUUUGCACUGAGCCAGCUGGGGGACCACAAGGCCGCCAGAGACAACUAUCUGCACGCUCUGCAGGCUGCCCGGGACACUGGAGACAUGAAGGGGCAAUGGCAGGCCUGUGAGGGUCUGGGGGCUGCUGCAGCCAGACUGGGGCAGCAUGAUCAGGCCUUGAAGUACUAUAAGGAAGCGCUGGCCCGGUGUCAGAAGGAGCCAGAUUCUGUGCGAGAGCGGCUGGUGGCCAAUCUGGCAGACGCCCUGAGGACCUACUUGGCCCGGGGUGGGCUGAUCCCCACUCACACCCUGACCUCAGCUCCACGGAGGCCCCAGGCUCCAGGUGGGGCCUGCCUGUCAGCGGGCACCCCAGCCAGGGUGGCAAGGGACACAGCAGAAGCGCAGCACAGAUCUUUGGGUGGGUGUGAAGACGAAGAGUUAGAAGAGGGCCAUGAGGAGAAAGAGGAAAAGGGGUCGGUAAAUGUUCCUGUACAGUCCUCUUGGGCGUGGAGACCGGAGCGUCCAGGACCCAGGGCCCAUGUCCCAUUUGGAGGCCAAGGCCCCCUCAGGAUGGAGUACUCUGGCAUUCUGGUACCCAAUGGUCCCCAAGCCAAUAGGUCAUCCGAAGGGCCCAGGAAAACCUCCAACAGGAACCCUCAGAGGAGACCCACCGAGUCUGGCUUCUGCACGAUCAUGUGACCCUACCCUGCUGGCCAUGGCC